ACAGUGCUCCGCACACAGUGUUGCCUCGCCGUUCGCCCUUUGCCAGGAACUCGCCGAGUUCACUGCCAGGGAGGGGCAGCGAGGCUGGAAGGAGACCUCACAUCUUCGGGAACAAGGGCGGAGCGGCUCGCCCGGCUCCCGACAUGGCGCGCCCCGGCCCUGACCCGGCCUACACCGGCCCCGCCGUGGAGGCCCUGCUGCGGAGCGUGGAGCGGGACCUGCACAUCGACCCCCGGCAGCUGGCCCCCGGCCCCGGCGGCACCCACGUGGUGGCCCUGGUGCCCACCCGCUGGCUGGCGAGCCUGCGGGAGCGGCGGCUGCCCCCGGGCCCCGGAACCCGGGCCGAGGGACUGAGCGAGGCGGAGGCCAGGACCCUCCUCCAGCGCUCCGUGCAGAAGCUGCCGGCCGGCUGGACCCGCGUGGAGGUGCACGGGGUGCGGAAGCGGCGGCUGGCCUACCCGCUGGCCCCGGGCCCCGGCCCUCCGGAGCAGGGCGAGGCGCCCGAUACCCUCGCUCGCUUCAUGCGGGACGUGGCCGCCCAGAACUACCGGAACCUGUGGCAGGAAGCCCACCGGACCCGCACGCGGCCCUACGGCCUCGGUCCCUCCCCGCCCGCCCCGUCCGCCCUGGACGCCGUGCGCCAGGCCCUGCAGAGGGUCUACGGCUGCCCCUUUCUCCAAGUUGGGAGGGGGGCCCGCUGCCCGUCUCCCGCCAAGGAUGGGUCCCCGGGCCCCUGGGGGGGCCCCCCGUGCCCCAACCUCCUGCGAGCCGAGGCGCUGGUGGAGUCUGCGGAGAUGCUGUACGUGCUGCACCCCUACGUCCAGUUCUCCCUGCACGACGUGGUCACCUUCAGCCCCGCCAAGCUGACCAACAGCCACGCCAAGGUCCUCUUCAUCCUCUUCCACGUGCUGCAGGCCAUGGCCGCCUGCCACCGCCAGGGCCUGGCCUGCGGGGCCCUGUCCCUCCACCACGUGGCUGUGGACGAGAAGCUGUGCAGCCGGCUCCGGGUGGACCUCAGCGCCUACGAGGAGGAGGAAGAGGGGGAAGAAGAGGGGCAGGGAGAGGAGGAGCUGAGGGCGAGGGCCGGGAGGGAUGGGGCCGGCAGCGGUCCGGCCCGGGGAGCCUCCCCGCGCGGGGAGCUGAGGGGGAUGGUGUGGGACUGGGUCCACGGCCGCCUCAGCAACUUCGACUACCUCAUGCAGCUGAACCGGCUGGCCGGCCGCCGGGUCGGGGACCCCAACUACCACCCGGUCCUGCCCUGGGUGGUGGACUUCAGCAGCAGGCACGGCGGGUUCCGGGACCUCAGGAAGUCCAAGUUCCGCCUCAACAAGGGCGAUAAGCAAUUAGACUUCACCUACGAGAUGACCCGGCAGGCGUUCGCGGCCGGUGGGGCCGGCGGGGAGCCCCUCCACGUGCCCCACCACAUCUCGGACGUGCUGUCCGACAUCACCUACUACGUGUACACGGCCCGGCGGACCCCCAGGGCCGUGCUGUGCGGCCACGUGCGCUCCCAGUGGGAGCCCAACGAGUACCCGGCCAGCAUGGAGCGCAUGCAGAGCUGGACCCCGGACGAGUGCAUCCCCGAGUUCUACACCGACCCCUCCAUCUUCCGCUCCAUCCACCCCGACAUGCCCGACCUGGACGUGCCCGCCUGGUGCCGCUCGACGGAGGAGUUCGUGGAGGCCCACCGGGCGCUGCUGGAGAGCCCCGAGGUGUCGCGGGAGCUGCACCACUGGAUCGACCUCACCUUCGGCUACAAGCUCCUGGGCAAGGAGGCGGUGAAGGAGAAGAACGUCUGCCUGCACCUGGUGGACAACCACACCCACCUGGCCAGCUUCGGGGUGGUCCAGCUCUUCGACCAGCCCCACCCCCAGCGGCGGGUGGGACCCCCGCCCGCCCCCGCCGAGCCGCCGCCCCCGGCCCGGCCCCCCGGCCCCGGCGUCCGGGAGGUGGCCGGCCUGGAGGACGGGUGGGUCCCGGCGGGGGGCGGGCCGGUGCCGGAGGCCACCGCCUGCGACGCCGGCUGGACCGGGGACCGACCGGCCGGCGGCGAGGAGGAGCUGGAGCAGGGCACCGAGGCGCUGGAUUCGCUCUCUCUGACCGGGAAGGCGGCCGAUCAGCCCUGCCCUGGGCCGCCGGCCGGCCGCCCCGUCCGGAGGAGCCGUGCCGGUGGGACGGAGCCGGCCGACGGCGACCACGCCGCCGCUGACCGGGGCAAGAUCGUCCUGCCCGAGGGCUUCAACCCCCUGCAGGCCUUGGAGGAGCUGGAGAAGCUGGGGAACUUCCUGGUCAGAUCCCUGAACGGCGGCGGCGGCCGGCCGGAGGGGCCGGAGCCCCCCCGCGCCCCAGCCCCCCGGAAGCUGGCGGACCUCUUCCAGCGGGACAUGCAGGCGCUGGGCGUCCUGAUCGCCGAGAUCGUGUUCGCCCCCAGGUUGCGCUCGCUGCGGCCGGGCGCCCCGCUCCCGGACCGCCUCGUCUGCGUCCGUGGCCUCUGCCGCCGCCACCCCAGGGAGAUCCCCGGGCCCCUGCAGCCGGUGCUGGACACGUUGUUGCAGCUCGGCCGCCCCCAGGGAUCGCCUCCACCCGAGGGGCCGGCCGGGGGCCGCGGGGCCGCCCGGCUCUGGGCGUACCCCCGGAUCUCCCGGGGCCUCCCGCCCCCCUGUCCCGCCCAGCUCCUCAGCCCCUUCAGCGCCGAGGUGCCCUUCCCGCCCUACUUCCCGGCCCUGCACCAGUUCAUCCUACUGUACCAGGCCUGGAGCGGGGAGGGGGAGCACCAGGGCCGGGAGCUGGUCUUCCAGCUGUGGCGGCGGCUGGACGGGGUCCUGGGCGAGAUCACCCCCGAGGGCCUGGAGAUCCUGUUGCCCUUCAUCCUGUCGCUGAUGUCCGAGGAGAACACCGCCGUCUAUGCGGCCUGGUACCUCUUUGAGCCCAUCGCCGGGGCCCUGGGCCCCAAGAACGCCAACAAGUACCUGCUGAAGCCCCUGGUCGGGGCCUACGAGAACCCCCGCUCCCUGCGCGGCCGCUUCUACCUCUACACCGACUGCUUCGUGGCCCAGCUGGUGGUGCGGCUCGGGCUCCAGGCCUUCCUGGGGCACCUGCUGGCACACAUCCUGCAGAUCCUGGUGGGCGUCGAAAGCCCGCAGGAGGAGAGCCGGACCCUGGCGGGGGCUGCCGAAGACGACGCCAAGGAGGGCGAGGAGGAGGACGGCGGCGGGGGCAGCCCCGGCCUGGGGGCCUUCGGGGAGGAGAGGGAGAUGGAGGGCGAGCCCGGCCCCUCCUCCGGGCUGGGGCUCCUGGAUUACACGUCCGGGGUCAGCUUCCACGACCAGGCCUACCUGCCCGAGAGCGAGGACUUCCAGGAGGGGCUGUACGUGGCCGAUUCCCUGCGGCCCCAGGAGCCCGAGGCGCUCAGCCUGGGGCGGCUGAGCGACAAGAGCAGCACCAGCGAGGGGUCUCUGGGCGACGGGUCGCUGGGCGAGGGCCGGCCCGGGGACUCCGACUCCCAGAAGGACAAGAGCAGCCUCCAGUCCGGGGACAGCAGCCAGGACCUGAAGCAGAGCGAAGGCUCGGAGGAGGAGGAAGAUGGGGAGGAGGAGGAGGAAGAGGAGGACGAGGGGGCAGAGGACCAGGAGGAAGGGGACGAGGAGGAGGAGGAGGAGGAGCGGGAUGGUGCCGUGGCGGGGCAGGACCUCGCCCUCUCGGACCCGGCCAUCUCCAUAGAUGCCGUCCUGGCCGAUGACGGCGGGGAAGUGGAAGAGGAGGAACUGAGUGACCAAUCGGAGGACAGGGAGCGGAAGAUCCUCCUGGACACAGCCUGCAAGAUGGUGAGGUGGCUUUCGGCCAAACUGGGCCCCACCGUGACCUCGCGCUACGUGGCCCGGAACCUGCUCCGCCUGCUGACGGCCUGCUACGUCGGUCCCGUGAGGCAGCAGUUCACAGCAAGCGACAGCGACAGCGACCACAGCCCCCUGGGCUCCGGCAGCAUCUACCAGAAGCGGCCAGUGGUGGGGGACCAGGUGUCCAGGCCCGUCCUGGACUGCCUCAUGCACGUGGCCCACCUGUACGGGGAGCCGGUCCUCACCUACCAGUACCUGCCCUACAUCAGCUACCUGGUGGCCCCCGGCAGUGGGACCGGGGUCAGCCGGUUGAACAGCCGGAAGGAGGCCGGGCUGCUGGCUGCGGUCACCCUGACCCAGAGGAUCACGGUGAACCUCUCUGACACCACGCUCAUGGACAUCCUCCCCAAGAUCAGCCAGGAGGUCCUGCUGCCCGUGCUGGGCUUCCUGACCUCCCUCCUCACCAGUUUCCCGAGCGGCUCCCAGGCCCGCACCGUCCUGUGCAUGAAGACGGUCAGCCUGAUCGCUCUCAUCUGCCUGCGCAUCGGGCCGGAGAUGGUCCAGCAGCACCUGAGUGACCCAGUCGCCACCUUCUUCCAGGCCUUCUCCCUGCUGCACGAGCUGCAGCAACAGAGCCCGACGCCGGAGCCCCUGAGCCACGGGGCGAGCCGGAUGCUGGAGUUGCCCUUCUCGGACGGGCACGUGCGGCCGAUGGACCUGUCCGUGCGGGAGGAACUGCAGGAGGUGUUUAGCCUGGAGAUGGCCUAUGCCACCUAUGUGCCCUUCUCCUGCCUGCUAGGUGACGUCAUCCGGAAGAUCAUCCCGAACCACGUCCUGGUGGGCCAGCUGGCGGCCGCGUACCUGGAGAGCGCCAGCCCUCGGGACCGAGAUCCCGCUAACCUGGAGCCCGCGGCCAGCGCCUCCUGCCCGGAGCGGGACCCCCGAGGGGGCGGCCGCCCGGAGGACGGGCACUCGGGCACCUUCGGCAGCGUCCUGGUGGGGAACCGGAUCCAGAUCCCCGCGGAUGUGCAGCCCCUGGGCCCCGGGUCCCCAGGGGCCCGCGCUGGGAUGGCCGAGUCCGGCCUGGCCGACGAAGAGAGCGCCCUGAAGCGGGACCUGCCCCGGAGCGCCCAUGGGCUGUGCGGGAACUGGCUGGCGUAUUGGCAGUACGAGAUCGGUGUCAGCCAGCAUGAUGCCCACUUCCACUUCCACCAGAUCAAGCUGCAGAGUUUCCACGGCCACACGGGAGCCCUCAAGUGUGUGGCCCCCCUGGCCAGUGAGGACUUUUUCUUGAGCGGUGGCAAGGACAAGACGGUCCGCCUCUGGCCCCUGUACAACUGUGGCGAUGGCACCAGCGAGACGGCCCCGCGCCUGGUCUUUGCCCAGCACAGGAAGUCCGUGUUCUUCGUCAGCCAGCUGGAGGCCCUGCAGCAGGUGGUGAGCUGUGACGGGGUCAUCCACGUGUGGGACCCCUACACAGCUAAAGUCCUGCGGACUGUGGAGGCGGACAGCCGGGCACCCCUGACGGCAGUGGCCACUAUGCCGGCCCCCCAUGCCAGCAUCACCCUGGCGAGCGCCGACUCGGUCCUGCGCUUCAUGGACUGCCGGAAGCCAGGCCUGCAGCAUGAGUUCCGGCUCGGCGGCGGCAUGAACGCAGGGUUGAUCCGCUCACUGGCCGUCAGCCCCAGCGGCCGCAGCGUCGUGGCCGGCUUCUCUUCCGGCUACAUGGUGUUGCUGGACACCCGGACGGGCCUCAUUCUCCGGGGCUGGCCGGCCCACGAGGGAGACAUCCUGCAGAUCAAGGCGGUGGAGGGGGGCGUCCUUAUCAGCUCAUCCUACGACCACGCGCUGACCGUCUGGAAGGAACUGGAGCAGAAGCCCGUGCACCAGUACAAGUCCGUCUCUGACCCCAUCCACACCUUUGACCUCUAUGGCAGCGAGGUGGUGACCGGCACCGUGGCCAACAAGAUCGGGGUCUAUUCCCUGCUGGAGCCGGCCCCCCACCCUCCCAGCACCACUAAGCUGAGCUCCGAGAACUUCCGCGGGACCCUCACCAGCCUGGCAGUGCUGCCCACCAAGCGCCACCUCCUACUGGGCUCGGACAACGGCAUCAUCCGCCUCCUGGCCUAGGCCUCCAUCUCCCGGCUCCCCGGCAUCAGCCGUGUCCUUCCCACCCCGGGUCAGGAGAAGCCGUGGGGCAGGGGUUG